AAAUAUAAACUGAUGAUGGUGAUUUGUUUUCUGAUUGUUCUAGUUCCAUCUCUAAGGCCAAACGUUUCCUCAACUGCAGAAAGAGAUGAGAAGAUAAAAAUAGGACUACCAGAGUCAUCAGUAUCUUUCUCAGAGAACACCCCGUAUGUCUCCUACAUCUUGUAUGCAACUAUUCCUGCUCUCCUGCUGCUGCUGUUUGCAGCUGCUGGGUUCUUCUGCUACAGAAAGCAUGCCAAGAGGAGGAACACAAAAACCGAUAGCUACCCCAGCCGAUCCAAACCGUGGAAGACAACAACAGCUUCACCUUAUGCCGUACAAGGACCUUACGCCUUCAGUGACAUUACCAAACUGCACCACACUGCUCUGGACAGCAGCAUGCCGGUAGACAUCAUGAAAAAGUAUCCUUGUGCUCCUUCCCAGGAAUCCCAGUGUGACGAUUAUGAGAAUGUGUCAUGCGUGGUAAAGGAGAGUGGCUUUGUGAACAAUGACAUCUAUGAGACCUGCAGAGGUCAGAGCCGGCAUGCUGGUUGGGUUGAAAAUGAGAUUUACGGAUAAAAAAAUGUGGUCUAUGUUAGUGUCCAUCAAUCUUAUACCCACUAUCUACCCAGCUAGACACAGGAACACCCUGCUCUCCAUCCCUUCAUUCCUGUACACCACAUGCUGGUGUGGUGCAGGAUAACUAAACACGUGGCUGUGUCGGCCUGAACUUAUGUUCCAAAAACUUUUCACCAGUGUGCAUGUAUCUCCAGUUUUUGCAUUCUAAAGCAGCCAGCAUUCAAAUCUGCAAGUCAGAUAAAUUCUUGAAGCGGGGCAUCCCAAAGAUUUGCCAAUUGUAAGGCUAAUUGUGAAAUUGUGAAUAUGAGCAUGGCAUACGGUUGGAAUAAAGUUUAAUACACGGGUUACAUUAAAUGCUAGUCUAUUCCCAAUACGUUUUAUUAUUAAACUAGACAAAGCUUCAGCAGAAAUGUUAGCAGCCCUGUGACACUGUCCUUGUCCACUGUCACGUGCUAACAAAGGCUAUUGAUCAAAUGUUUAUGUUUCACAGGUGCACUGCAGAGAACACCUGAGGCUAAUGGGCAUGUCAGAUUAGUCUUGCAGAUAAUUGGUAACAAACUAAAGGAAUUCUUAGAUGAAAUGUUUGUAUUCAAUUUAAUAGAUGUUGAGACACUUUUCUUAGAAAAACACAUAUCACCCUUAUGGUGGCGCUAUAAGAUUAACAUACAUAAUCUGGACAAAUUCUCCAACAAAAGAUGUCAGCAGCACGAAGGCUUUCGCUUCAAAGAGGCAUUAAUGAACUCAAUUAAGCCAUACUGAUUCAGGUCAGGUUUGCUGAGCAGCAGUGCUGAUAUAUUUGGCAUGGAUUUUUUUACUAACCCUAGGAAUAAGUGCAAGUUUUGAGGACUCACACAAGAUUACUCAUCUCUAAACAAUCCAAAAUUAAACUACUCAACCUUUUUGCACUGACGUCAGAUAUUAUGAAACACAAGGGAAAAAAUAUCCUUUUGUCUUACUAUAUGGCCGUGGAGUUGUUCUAUUUAUGGGCUGUUCUGACCCUUUCUCUAAAACUAAAGAGUGGUGUCAGCCCAGUGUAAGGCUUCCUGUUUGGACUCUGAUGUCAGGGAACAGGACAACGUAUGUGGAAACACUGAUGACUGAACUUUGCUGACCCCAGUCAACCUCAAAGCUGCGGGCUUUUCCCGACUCCACCUGACCGUGUGGGAAACUAAACCAUCAUCUGAGUAUUUAAUGUAGUCAUUCAUCAGUGUUAGCGUGUAAAAGCAUAUGCCUUUCUUUUAUCUUCAAAUAAUCAUGGACAUACAUCUGAACACAAAUGCCUGUGUUCUUUGUGAGUGGGCUGCUGGGUAUGUGUUUUGGAAAGAUAAAGCAAGCCCAGUAAGGAGAGGCUGACUGUGUUCUUGGAGAAUCUUAGACAGGAAAUGCCAAAAGCACAUCUGGAACUCUUACAUUCAGGAAGUGUAUGCUGCUGUGUAUGCUCUGCCUGCCCGCUUAGUAAUCCUCUGCUCUGUGUUGGUCUGUCACUGCAUGAGCUGAAGCAAACCACUGCAGGGUGUGAAUGCGUGCUUCAUUUCUAACAUGACAUGAUCUUCGGGUGUCAAAUAAAAGUUUGUUUGCAAUA